GGGGUUAACCCGAAUUGUAGCUUGUCGUGUAGUGACGGUAUAGGAGGGGAUUGAGGAGGGGACGAGGUGUCCCAUAGAGGGCGUUAAGAUCGUAAAGAGAAUGAUGGAGAAAUAAAGAGAGAGAGAGAGAGAGAGACAGACUGAUAUUGCGAGAAAAUGAGAGACGGAGUGGGGAGAAACUUUGCGUGGUGAACGGCGGGCGCGACUGCAGAAACGUGUCGCGCGAGAGAGCCAGUGACAGACAAAAUGGCGGUAGGGCUUAUGCGGUGAGCGAGCGAGCGAGCGAGAUAGAUAUAGAAAGACGAGAGCGAGAGAGAGAAGGAGAGAAAAGAGAGAAAGAGAGAGAGAGAGAGAGAGAGAAAGAGAGAGAGAGAGAGAGAAUCAAGACGUGAGUGCAGCUCAGCACGACGACACGUCGCAAAGUAGCGCGCGCGCUGCUGCUAAGGAAAGACACGAUUUUUCUCCUGUUUUCGUAAUUAACGACGAAAAAAUAAUUCCCGAUUAAUUCGUCGCUCGUCGUUUUACUAUAUUAAAUCGUCUUAAAUUCGUCGAUAAUAAUAAUAAUAAUAAAAACAAUAGUAAUUAUAAUAAUAAUAAUAACAGCAACAACAACAAUAAUAAUAAUAAUCGUUGAUUCGUCGUCGUCGUCGUAGUCGUCGUCGUUGUCGUCGUUUUCGUCGUCGUCGUCGUCGUCGUCGUCGUCGUCGUCGUCGUCAUUGUCGUCGUCGUCGUCGUCGUCGUCGUCGUCGUUGUAAUUAUACGUUGGUUAAUCUGGUGCAUGUUUCAUCCAGGAUCAUCACGAUCAUGGAACAUUUGCCGGCGUCGACCGCGAGACGUCGCGGUCAUCAGCAUCACCCGCGUCACUCGACGCGUAGACGUUUCGAGGUAUCCGGCAGAGGACCCGCGCAGUGUGGCCCUGCCGGUAUAACAACAACAACAACAACAACAACAAUAACGACAACAACAAUAAUAGCAAACAACAACAAUAAUAACAAUAAUAAUAAUAAUAAUAAUAAUAAUGGCAACAAUAAUAACAAUAAUAAUGUCCUCGAGGAUAACAACGUAUUAUCGGAGCAACCAACGUCGUUGGGUACCCAUUGGUUGCGUGGUUCCUUGUCGAAAAGAAUCGAAGCUAAUAAUAAGGAGGAUGUCAAAUCUAAUAAAACAACGACGACAGCAACGACAAUAUCAGCGACAACAGCAACGUCAACGGCAACCCCACUGACAACAAUUUCCGAAACAACAAUUGCAGGAAAGACGACCAACGAUAAUAAACAUAACGAGAACAAUGAGAAUACUAAUGUCCGACAGAGGCUCGCGCAGUGUAGCCCGGACGUAAAUAUUGAGAUACGAAAUGAUGAUAAAAAUGACGACGAUUACAAUCUCAUUUAUAAUGACAAUGACGAGAAGUCAAAUGACAUUGAUCGUAGGAAUAAGGAUUUGAAAAAGGUUUACGAGAAAGGUUUCUCGCGGGAAAUUCAAACGCUCGUUUCGAACCCACGUGGCUGGGAGGACCAAUUAAACGUAACAGAAAUCAAAGAGGAAAUUAAUGACAAUAUCGAUGAGAUAUUCGAUGAUAUUCGUACGAAGGAAAAUACAAAUUAUCACGAUUACGAUGAUUUAUUAUUAACGAAUGAUAAAUUUUUCAUCGACAUAUACGACGAGCCCGAGCACGCGGUCGCGAGGGCUCGCGGGGAUGGUAAUUCCGAUGAUGAGUCUACCAACGUCGAGGAGGAUCCUGAAUUAGCCGAAUUGGCGAAAUUAAGGUGUCCAAGCGAAAGGACCGAGGUACAAGCCGAGAGAGAGGCCAGAAGACGAAAGAGAUGCGCCGAUUAUCCUGGAUUAGCAUUUGGCUGUUCUAUAUUCUCCAGCGAUACCAUGAUGAAGUUCAGUCUGAUUAGGAACGAAUUACAAAAUAUCAUGGGCAAUCAGCUGAAACGGGCCGAAUCCGAAGUCGCUGCCCUCAAUCGUCGUAUCCAAUUAUUGGAGGAGGACCUCGAAAGAUCCGAGGAACGUCUUGCUACUGCCACUGCCAAAUUGGCAGAGGCAUCUCAAGCGGCAGAUGAGAGCGAACGGAUACGCAAGGCACUUGAAAACCGAACCAACAUGGAGGAUGACCGGGUAUCCUUGUUGGAGCAGCAGCUAGCACAGGCUAAAUUGAUCGCCGAGGAGGCGGAUAAGAAAUACGAGGAGGUCGCAAGGAAACUAGUCAUGAUGGAGCAGGACCUCGAAAGGGCCGAGGAAAAGGCAGAAUUAUCGGAAGCCAAAAUCGUUGAACUUGAGGAGGAACUGCGCGUGGUCGGUAAUAACCUGAAAUCCCUCGAGGUCUCGGAGGAGAAGGCCAACCAGCGCGAGGAGGAAUACAAGAACCAAAUUAAGACCCUUACCACUCGUCUAAAGGAGGCUGAAGCUCGCGCCGAGUUCGCAGAGAGAUCGGUGCAGAAACUUCAGAAGGAGGUCGACAGGCUCGAAGACGAGCUCGUCCACGAGAAAGAGAAGUACAAAUACAUUUGCGACGAUCUGGAUCUUACCUUCACCGAAUUGGUUGGUUAAAUUUAAUCUUGUUGAGGUAAAAAAAAAAUUCAACGUCUUCAUCAAAACAACCCCUGCUGUCGAUUUUCUUUAUGAAACAUCAUACGAAAAAAAAAGAAAAACGGAAAAAAAAAAAAAGAUAACAAGUGUUAUAUAAAUCGUCGUAGCCCCUUUUUCACGGCACGGGCUGGCUGCUGCUAUU